UGCGCUUAUGCAUACAUCUAUAUAUAUAACUAUAUAUCUCUAUAUACAUAUAGACUGGUACAUAGUAAUAUAAAAGUACGUAUGAAUUGUACAUAUCGCAUACUGUUUUACGCAUUGCGUUUAUACAUCAGCUGUCUACCAUUAAAUGCAGUGGUUUUGACGAAGUACGAAAUUGGAGUUAUAUAAGAUAACGAAACGUGAAUAAGUUUGUUUGUUGAGACCCAAGUCCUAAAAAUCAGUUUUGAGAUAACGUCCAACUACUGUAGAGAACGAUUGCCAGUUCGUCAAUCAGCUCUCAACGUUGCAUUUACUCGUGAACGAGACACCUUUAUAUUUUAAUCAACGAUACCGUCAUAGGAAUUAUCCUUUAUAAAUACCAAUAAAACAAUUUAUAAUAUUUUCUACUGACAGACUGUGGAUUUUGUGUUAUAAUUAAAUUUUUAUCAAUGACAAGUGUUCAGUAGUGUCUAACGUUAAUUUUGAUAAAAAUUGUUGCUCUUUGUACGUGUCAGAUGUUACGAAAAAAUUGAUAUGACAUAAAAUAUUGCAAAAUUUUUUAAUCAGAUGAUUUAGAAAAUAUCCUGUGAUUAUUACAUAAGUGACAGGAUGUCUGACAAGAUUGAAAUUGAUCCUUUUAGUGAAACACCUCUGGAAUCUCAAAAUUGCGAAGGAAUUCCAGAAACUACCAGAGAAUUAAAUUCAAAGGAUAACUCACAAAAUAUAAUAAAUGAAUUAACAUAUGUAGAACCUUUAACUGCAGAACAAAUACGAUGGUUUUAUAGAGAUGGUGUAGAUAAGAGAUGGGUAGAAUUCUGUGGAUAUGAUAGCUUAAGAAUUGAAUAUGCUUGGCAAAAUUAUCAAAAUGUCCUUAGUAAAAGUAAUAAUAUAACCAACAAUCCACCUUCUGUUGAAAAAAUUGUAGUUAGAGGAGGAAUGUACGAUGUGGAACUAGAUAAAAUGAAAUGUGUUUCAAUAUAUUGUACAGGUGAAGAAUGGGAAAUUAUGAGAGGAACUUGGUAUUAUGAUGGUAGUUGGUUACCUUUAGAGGCAGAACAAGCUAAAAUUAUAGAAGAAGUUCAUCUUAAUCUUUUUCAAAAGCAAAAUUCUGGUCAAUCCACUUCAACAUAUGAUACACCUUCUCAAUCUUACGAAGUGUUACACACGGAACAUUUUUCUGAAUUUCAUGUUGACUGGCAUAGUAUAAAUGAUGUAGUAUUAUAUAGCGAAUAUAGGCAUAAAAAAUUAAUGCGCAGUGUUACAUCAAAAUUAGGUUUUGCAAAAACAACAGGUUAUCAACUAAGAAGAGGAUAUAAAAUCGCUGCUGUAAAGGAAGAUAAACCUCAUGAUAUUGAUCAUAUAAUUUUUGUAGUUCAUGGAAUUGGUCAAAAAGGAGAUACUGGAAAAAUUAUUCGUAAUACAACAUUGUUUAGAGACUGUGUAGAUUGGUUGAAACAAAAAUAUUUUCCUAACUCUAACUAUAGAAUAGAAUUUUUCCCUGUGGAAUGGCGUUCAUCGUUAAAACUUGAUGGAGGUAUAGUAGAGGCUAUCACCCCUUUUAGUGUGGUAAGCAUACGACACUUAUUAAAUACAUCAGCAAUGGAUAUUCUCUACUACACAAGUCCUCUUUAUGGAGGGGAAGUAAGAGCUGGAUUACAAAAAGAGUUAAAUAGAUUAUACUUUAUGUUUACUAGUCGUCAUCCUGGUUGGAAAGGGAAAGUUUCAAUUUUAGCACAUUCUUUGGGAUGUGUAAUUGUUUAUGACAUUGUCACAGGCUGGAUGGCUCCAGAUACAAGACCUCCAUCUCCAGAAACGCAAGAAGUUUUAAAACAACGAUUACAAUUUCCUAUUGAAAAUUUAUUUUGUUUGGGUUCGCCAUUAUCAGUAUUUCUUGUAUUACGUACACCUUCUCCAUCCAACAAAACAGAUGUGAUGCCUCAAGGUUUAUGCAAAAGAUUUUACAAUAUAUUUCACUGGUCUGAUCCUGUAGCUUAUAGAAUGGAGCCACUUUUAGAAAGGGGAUAUAGCAAAAUUGAACCUGUUCUAAUUCCGCCAUAUGGAGGAGUUGAUGGUCAACAAACAGAACAGUCACCACCAACAAUGAGUAAUGCUGACCAAAAUUGUUCUCUUAUAGCAGAUAAUGAUGAAAAAGAAGAAAAUUCAGUAGAUAUGUCUAAUCGUGCACCAGACAAAGGUUGGAGUCUUUGGGGCUUAGUGCGUGCUGGUUGGAAUGUUAAAAAAGAUGUUUCUGCACCUAUCCAACCAGGUCAAGAAUUAACAGAACGAUUGGAUUAUGUACUUCGAGCAAGUUUAGGAAGAAAUUAUUUUUACACAUUAGCAGCACAUACAACAUAUUGGAGUAACUAUGAUGUAGCUUAUUUUGUGCUAACAAGACUUUUUCCAACAUUAGAAACAUGAUGUUGGUUUGUAUGUGUAGAAUGAAAUCAGUCAGAUUCUAUUAAAAUUUACUAGUCCAUUGUAGGCCUUUAAAACUUAAUAUUGGGAGUAGGCCUACCACCAAAACAAUCUGUGAUAAUGAAAAAAACGAUACAAUAAUAUUAUAGAUUCUAUGUAAUCGUUUUAUAUCGUUCGUAUAAUUUAAGGUUAAUGUGGUCGAGUUUCACAAUUAAAAAGUUGAAACGAGAUUUUACAUAUUCUAUAAGGUACCUCAUUUACAUGCAGUAUAUUAACAUAGUUAAUUAAACGAUUGUUUAAAUAAUUUCAUCUAAUUAGUAAAUUUUUCAUCAUUAAAAAGAUAUAUUUUAUAAUCUAUGUUGAAUAUGCAAAUAUAGUUUAUGUGAAAUAUUUAUUUAAAUUACUAUAACAUAUUAUUGAAUAGUAUAUCUUUCAAAACUUAGUAUUAUACAAGUUAACUGAAAAAUUAUUAGUUAUAUUUAUUUUUUAGGUAGAGAAAUUAUAUUUUAGAUCUUAAAAUAGCAUUAAAAUUGUGCUUUAAGCAACGCUAAAACGUCAUAAUUAACUAUCAUAAUAAUCUAAGAUCAUAAAUCUAUAUUAUAAGAGUUUGAAAAAUCCUUUUGCGUUCAAUAAUUUAACAUUUUUUUUAUAUAUCUUCACAACUAAUAUCAAUACGAAAUUGUAGUUCUACUUUCUGUUACAUGUGUACAUACUUUUGUAUAUUUUAUAUUGUUUAUUAAUAUGUUAUGUAUUAUAUAUUAUUUAUAUGUUAGGUAAAGAAAGACAGAAAUGUAUUUAAUCAAAUAUUAAUUAAUUAUUUUGACUUAUUUAAAAUUAUUGAUUGAGACCGAUAUGCGUUGAAUAUUUUAUUUCUUUGUUAUAGUAAUCUUUUAUUUUGCUAUAAAAAAUGAAACUCGUCCUAUGUACUGAAAGUUUCCUUAAAAUAAGACAAAAAAUAUUUGAUUAAUUGUAUCAACCAAGGUCGAUCCAUAAAACAAAUAAAUGAUAUCAAUAUGUUAUCUUUGUUGCUUCGAAUAGAAAAGGAUAAUAAUUUAUUAUUAUCUUCUAAUACUUAUUAAAUGAUCGAAUUUCCCGUUAAAAUAACAGAAAACUUUUCAUAAUACGUUAGAAAGACUAUACUUUAUUAAUGCUAUUUCCAUUGUAUAGUCUUUAUAUAAUUUUUUAAUAAUUACACAUAUUAAAUUCCGUCAUUUUAGCAAAAUUUUAUAGAUAAUUUAAUAUUAAAUAUUAAUUCUAUUUAUAUUAUAUCAUUUAUGCCAUAAGUGAAAAAAUAUCUUUAUUACAUAUUCUUUAUGUAAAAAAUUAUACAUAUAUGAAAUAUGAAACAUUAGUGACCGGUAUUAUUGUUAUAUAUAUUUCUUUUAUCAUAUAUUAAAAAUUUAAACCAUAUGUGAACAAAGAACAAAAUUUAUUUUAUCAAUGUAUUUAAAUUUUGUUGACAUAUUUUUCUGAUAUUAUAAUCAUAUAAGUAUUAUUAUAAUCAUAAGUAAUAUUUACGUAUUAUGUAAAUGUGUUCAUAUCAUAAUAUUAUAUACUUAUCAGUUUUUAGAAAAUUUAAUAAUGGUGCACUUUUUAAUGACUAUUAUGUAACAAUAAAUUUUUAAGAAGCUUUGUCUAUAAUACACAAUUUGGUAGCAUGACAAUAAUAUUAACUAUUCCAAAAAUAAAUAUCAUAUCAAAUUUUAAAAAUUAGAGUACAUAAUAGGCAUGUAGGAAAAAGCCUCCAAAUCAUAGUGCAAAUGUUAAAUAAAAUAAAUAAAUUAAAAUUAUAGUAUCAAUAAUAAAACAUAUACAGUCUUUUAUUGAAAAAAUUUAAAAUUUAACAUUUUAAUAAAAUAUUUAAUAGCAUGACACAUACACACAUUCACACAUACAUAUGUACAUGUGUAUAUACGAUAUAUAUAUACAUAUAUAUGCGAUGCCAAAGUUGCUAGGUAUAAUUAAAUUUUAUUUAAUUUUAAAUAUUUAACCAUUAAAAAUAUAUAUAAAUAUAUAAAUACAUUUAUAUGUUAAUAAACAUAUUUUUUCUUAGAAUGAAGAA